AUGCAAAGCGAGGCAACUCUUUGGUCGAAUCUUCCGCCAAAUAUUGGACUUUUUCCAUUUCUCGACUAUAUGACAGGAAAAACGACGACAACUGUUGACCCACUGAACACCACAACGAAACCCCCGAAUCUCUUCAACAAAGCAAAUUGGCAAACGGACAAUGCUGGGAAUAUUUUCAUUGGAACUGACGACAACAAACUUUUCCUCAUCACAACCGGAUCCAUUUGGCCUUUCCCCGUUGAAUAUCCGAUGAGA